AUGGCUGCAGCUACAUAUGCGCGUAUAUCAGGGUCAUCUGCAAACCGUGGUUCUGGCCACGGAGUGCCCUUUUUACCUCUUUUCGGGCCCAUGCUUCAACCGCGUCGAUUGAGCAGGCGAAAGAGGUCUAUUUUCACUGAGAUUCUUUCCAGCAGUACUUUUUACCUGCGUGGGUGCGUUUUCAUAGGUGCGCGAGGUUUUUCGAGGAGCCCGAACUCGUCGCCAGAGUACUGCCGACGAGCGAUCGAGAAGUCUUUGAAACGCCUGGGAUUGCCUUAUAUCGAUUUAUACUAUAUCCACCCUCUAGACAAGGUGACGCCUAUUGAAAAGAUAAUCCAGGCAAUGGUCGAGCCAAAAAAAAAUGAAGGUAAAAUCAAGCACCUAGGGAUCAGUGAGUGCAGUGCCGAGUCGUUGCGUCGAGCUCACGCCGUUCAUCCAAUUACUGCAAUUCAGAUCGAAUACAGUCUGCUUUGCCGUGAGGUCGAAUCACCGCAGAUCAGGUUAUUGGAGACAGCACGCGAGCUUAAAGUGGCUGUGGUAUGCUACUGUCCCCUGGGGAACGCAUUUUUGACUGGCAGAUAUCAUACUAUCGAGGACGUCAGUGGGCCUGGAGACUCUCGUAGCAUCCUACCAUGGUUCUACCCAGACAAUUUGAAGACAAAUUUGGUUAUUCUGGACAAGAUUACCGAGACGGCAAAUGCGAAGGGGAUAACUCCAUCUCGGCUUGCUCUUGCCUGGUUACUAGCGCAAGGUGACGAUAUCUUCCCUAUUCCCGGGACAACCAGUCCCAAAAGUCUUGAUGAGAACUUAGCGAGUAUUUCAGUGGACAUCGCCAUGGAGGAAGAGAAACUUCUUCGAGACUUGGCAAGUUAUGUAGUUGGGGAGCGCUUCCAAGCUAAGACAGGGUAUUCGUACGGAGAUACGCCUCUUUUGAAGAAGGAUUAG